AUGGAAUACCACCCUGGUAAGGCUAAUGUGGUAGCCGGCGCAUUGAGCCGUAGAGCUAUGACUGACCUGAGGGUGAUGUUUGCUCGCCUCAGUCUAUUUGAUGAUGGUAGUCUGUUGGCUGAACUACAAGUUAAACCGACGUGGAUAGAGCAGAUUAAGGGUCUUAAGCAUGAACUUGCCGACUUUGUGGGUAAGUGUCUAACUUACCAGCAAAUGAAGGUUGAACAUCAGUUACCUUCAGGGUUGCUACAGCCAGUUAAAAUUCCACUUGGGAAGUGGGAGAGGGUAACUAUAGACUUCGUUAGUAGGCUGCCCCUAACGCUUACUGAGAAGGAUGCGAUAUGGGUCGUUGUGGAUCGGUUGACCAAGGUACCAGUUUCCAUAAUAUCAGAUAGAGAUCCUCGCUUCACAUCUCAGUUCUGGAAGAAGCUACACGAGGCUUUGGGUACAAGACUGGACUUUAGUAUUGCGUUUCACCCCCAGACAGAUGGUCAAUCGGAAAGGGCGGCAUCUGACAGACAGAAUUCGUAUGCGGAUUUGAAGCACAAGGAGAUUGAGUAUUCUGUGGGGGACUUCGUCUUUCUUAACGUCUCGCCAUGGAAGAACAUACUAAGAUUUGGAUGGAAUGGCAAGUUGAGCCCUAGGUUUCUUAGGACUUAUCGAAUACUGAAAUGUGUAGGACCGGUUGCCUACCAACUUGAGUUACCCCCAGAGUUGGAUCAGAUUCAUGAUGUGUUUCGCGUCUCUAUGCUGAGGCGUUAUCGCUUUGAUCCCACACACGUGAUUUUGACUGAGGAGAUUGAGGUUAGAUCGGACCUGACUUUUGAGGAGGAACCGAUUCAGAUUUUAGAUCGUGAUGUGAAAAUUCUGAGGAAGAAGUCUAUUCCACUGGUUAAGGUGCUUUGGCGCAAUCACAGCUCAGAAGAGGCCACAUGGGAAACCGAAGAGGCGAUGCGACAACAAUACCCUCAUCUGUUUUCAUCAGGUAAAUUUUGA